AUGCCUCCUCUCCCUCCCCUCAGCCUCGCAGUCAUGUGCCUCCUGCUGCUAGCGCUUGGCCCAGGACAAGCUCAGGGGCUCUAUGUGCUGCAGUCAACCUUCAGCUCAAGUCAGUGCGACGGGCUGCCGAUCGAGAUGGUCUUCAUGGCCAGACAGGACAGAAUGGCGGACCUGUGCUCCAACCCCUCUUGCCUGCCCCAGCUGCAGUAUGUGCCGUCAACGGUCCUCCCUCAAGGGACUUACCGCAACGUUGACUGCUCGCUCGAGGCUGCUGACUUGACGGCGAUCUCUAACGUCCAGCAGAGCUACGGGGUGUUUGUGCUGUGGCCGUGGGUCAGCGCUUGUAAAGGAGAGGCGGCGAAAGCUCUCUUGUUUGUCAGCGACAUGUACAUCAAGUUCGACUGUGCGAGCGAUAAAGUCAACAUGUGCUACGACUCGGCAUGCUCUUCCUGCUACGAGCCGCAGGUCCUCGACUCAAGCAAGUGCUAUCGGAAUGCUGGGUCGACGUUUCAGUUCUCGUUCGACUGGUCGUGGACGUUUCACUGCUCGACGCUGAGCAACUUCAACAGCCUGUGGAACGACGGCAAGGACGCCAACGUCACCAGCGUGAGGCCGUUGUUGUCUACAACAGACGUGGACGCGAUGGGAGGCUACGAGAAGUCGAAAGUUGUGCAGCGCACCGAGAUGCUGCUGUCCUUCACGCUGGGGCUGGCGAACGAGGCAGACGCUUGCGCGCUACUGCAGGUAGGAGGGUCUGCUGCUGGUCAGGGGGACGUGACGUGUGCUGGAUGGCUCAGGCUGACAUCUACGAGGAAACUUGCAAUAAGACUGUGCUGUCAUGUCCAGCAGAGGCUCUCGCUUAUCAACUCCUCCUACUUUGGAAAUGCUACCGCCUCGAGCUUCAUUCGCAAUCGUUACUGGUACUGGUGCGACCCCCUAUGUUUGACCUGCAAAGAUUCUCAAUGCACUGAGUGCUUGACGCGACUUGUUCCCAACUUGACAGUUUGGUUCGGAGAGAUAGCAAACUUUACGAAGCUUGACAACUAUGAGCAGUCAAGAGCUUACUUCAGAGAGAACUUUCGUUACGAGGUCGACCUCAACCGCGAUUCUUUCCUCUCCUUCCAAGAAUUCUCCCGCGUCGUCGGCAACGCGACCUCGUACGCCAUCGGAAACCUCAGCGGAACCGAAGUUCUCUUCCGCAUCCUCGACCGAUCGGGGGAUCGCAGGAUUGACAUCCUCGAGUACGCCGACGGCAUGGCAGCAGGAGCCAUCUCCACUCGUCCGCGCGUCCUCUGGCCCAACGUCACCGCCUGCCAUGGCGCCAUCGCCUUCCCCAAGUUCUUCUGGUGUCCUGCGACCGCGCAGACGUACGCGGACGAGCGCAGCUGCGUUCUCGCAUGCCCUUCCUACUGCAAGGACUUGACAACUAGCACCGGGUGGCAGUACGAGCAGCUCAGCGUCGUAGUACCCCUCAUGCAGGUACAAGAUGACCCCCUCCUAGCCAACCUACCCCGGGUGCUCACCCCCUACAUCGGAGGGGUGAUGCAGAGAAAGGAGCAGGACUACCUGGUCUACGUCCUCAACGAGCCCAACGCCCCCAGCAGGUCGAUCUUCCUCCGCCCCGACGCCUCCUUCCUCUGGCUCCUCAAGGCUGGCAGGGGCUGCCCCUCUCUCGCCUCCGACUACAGGUGCGGCACCUGCCCGGGCAUGCAGCCAAACUAUCGGAUCAACUUCAGAGUCUACGACGCAGAGACGGCGAGGGAGUUUGCGCUGUCGAGCUUGAGGGUCUUGUUGAGCUGGUGCUGUGAUGGGGUCUGUCCUGGUGGGCUCCUCUUCAACUCCUCUUCCGACGCUCCUCUUCCUCCUUCCAACCUCUCCGCCACCUCCUCCUUCGCCCUUUCCAUCCCUGCCGGAACCUACCUCAUCUCGGUUCAGACCAGCGGUUACAACUUCACCCAGCAGAGGGUAACGGUCUACGACACCACGGUCAACGUGUCCAUCCCCAUCUUCAGGAACCCAGCUGGGAACGAGAUCGUGCUGGCCCUCAGCUGGGGAAUGUACCCCUCGUCCUUGCGCCUGCGGGCGCAGCUGGGGGGUACAGUCUACGUCUCGAGCGCGGCAGCGAUCUACAAGAACGACGAGCUGACGUCGUGGGAGAUGCUCGGGCAGAAGCCGGACCUUAUCAGGAUCGUCAUGCAACAGUCAGCUGGCAACUUCGUUCCCACCUCCUUCAACCUUUCAGUCGCAGUCCAGCACCAGGACUCCCCCCUGCUCUCCUCCAGCCAGACCUUCGUCGGAGGAGAGGAGGUGCAAGUGAUCUCCUCCUCCGGAGUUCUUGUGAGAAAGUCGCUCUCGAGAGGAGGAGGAGACUACUGGCGGCUCGGUAGGCUCGACGUCAAGUCUUCAACCAGCGCGCUACUGGUGGAGGACGAAGGGACGUCCCCGUACAGCAAGCCGUUUGCCCUCAGCUGCAGUCAAGCUCUGGGAGGUGUUUGCAGCUCGUCGACCUCCAUAGCUGGAGUCAGCAUCGGCUGCUGCUCCUCCACCACCAUCGGAUGCAGCGGCAGGUUGUGCGACCCCCUGAGUACCUGCAAGUGCCCGUCCUCCUCCUCCUGCUCUUUCUACUCCCUCUCCUCCCCGGGCACCUCCUGCGGGGUGGGGGCAUCGUUCGCUGCAGAUGCAGAUCUCUCCUCCUGCCAGCCCUCCCUGUGCAAGGGGGACGUCUCCUUCAGCGGAGCUGGGCUCAUGACGACUCUCACCUACUCUCCAGCUGAUCAGAGAUGCACCACGGCUCCUUCGUCUUUCUCCCCCCGGAUCGAGUACGGCAUCUGCAAGCGAGCUUGUGACUUCAGCAUCCUCCCAGCUGCCGUUCCCUGCCCCUACGGGACCAUCCCAGCUCCCCUUGACAACCUGCUCGCCUGCUCUUCCUUCCUCUGCGCGAACACCACGGGCAUCCUCGCUGCAGCUGGAGUCUUCCCGGCCCUCUCGGUUGCCAACGCCUUCAGCUGGUCCCUUGUCAUCCGGGGGGACGGCACCUGCCACGUCAGCCCCCCGUUGGGCUACCCCGAGGCGACUGAGGGGGUCAGGGACGAAACUCUGAACCUCUGCAUGGCAUGCCCAGCUGGAUCCUACCUGAACCUCACUAGGGUGUCAGAAUGGAGGCCAACGAAGACGUGUCAAGGUUGCCAGGAGACGACGGUCUGGAAGCUUCUCUACUCCCGCAGCUCGGGGUGGCAGGGCAAUGUGCUGGACGCAGGAGCUGACUGGUGGAGUCAGAUGAUCCUCUCCGGAAACUCAAUCUUCCGCCGCAACUGUCCUUCCUGCUCCAACUCUUCCGCCCUCGUCUACUACAAGGUCACGGCGUCCGCCUACACCAACAAGCUCUGGUCGAGCAGGAUGCUCCAUUCGAUCCUCACGCAAGACUGGACGACCAGCCAGCCAGGACACACCCUGCACGUGGACUUUGAGCUGUACAGCACCGAGUCGGAUGCGACAACGGGAAGGAACCCAUGGAUUGUCUGCCAGAACUUCACCGCUCCCAAGCCGCUGACCUCCUUCUUCACUGCUGGUUUCGGUAAAUGCAGCUCGAUCUUGGAGGGCAAAGAUCCCUGGGGUGCGGGGGUAGGGCUCAACGUAUCCUCCUCCAUCUUCAUCCUCUCAGCGCGAGAGACGAACUGCAACUGCGACUACUCAGCCUAUACCAUGAUCCCUCAUGACACCUGCGUGUCCUGUCCUGCUGGCAAGACUUCGAAAGGCUACAUAACGCGAGAGCAGGAAUGUGUUUAA